CGCUUCCUUUUCUAUAGUUUGUAAGGUGAUAGGCAGAGACUCCUCCACACUCACUAGCCAGUGAUAGAAAAAUGGCAGCCUCAUUGCAAGCAGCGGCCACGCUGAUGCAGCCCACCAAGGUGGGCGUGCCAACUCGUACCAGCCUGCAAUUGAGAUCUUCCCAGAGUGUAUGCAAGGCCUUUGGCUUGGAACCCGCUGGAGCCAGGUUCACUUGCUCUUUGCAGGCUGAUCUCAAGGACUUGGCUCACAAGUGCGUGGAUGCCACUAAGAUCGCCGGCUUUGCUCUUGCCACUUCUGCUCUCCUCGUCUCGGGAGCAAGUGCAGAAGGAGUUCCAAAGCGGCUGACAUACGAUGAGAUCCAGAGUAAGACAUACAUGGAAGUAAAGGGAACUGGAACUGCUAACCAAUGCCCAACCAUUGACGGAGGGGUCGAUUCAUUUGCCGUCAAGUCUGGAAAAUACCAACUGAAGAAGUUCUGCUUAGAGCCUACAUCAUUCACCGUCAAGGCUGAGGGGGUGAGCAAGAAUGCUCCACCUGAAUUCCAAAACACAAAGCUCAUGACUCGGUUAACCUACACCCUUGAUGAGAUUGAGGGACCAUUUGAAGUAUCUAGUGAUGGCACCGUGAAGUUUGAGGAGAAAGAUGGAAUUGACUAUGCUGCUGUCACUGUUCAGCUGCCCGGUGGUGAGCGUGUGCCCUUCCUCUUCACCAUCAAACAGCUCGUUGCAUCCGGCAAACCAGACAAAUUUGGAGGAGAGUUUCUGGUACCAUCCUACCGGGGUUCGUCCUUCUUGGACCCAAAGGGAAGGGGUGGUUCAACUGGCUAUGACAACGCAGUUGCAUUGCCAGCAGGCGGGAGAGGAGAUGAGGAAGAACUCAAAAAGGAGAAUAUAAAGGACGCGUCAUCGUCAACAGGGAAAAUCACUUUAAGUGUCACCAAAAGCAAGCCUGAGACUGGGGAAGUGAUUGGAGUAUUUGAGAGCAUUCAGCCAUCUGACACUGACUUGGGGGCUAAGACACCAAAGGAAGUGAAGAUCCAGGGGAUCUGGUACGGUCAGCUUGAGUCGUAGAGCCUUUUCUUUAUGGAUGUAUCUCUCGGUUCAGAUUUUGUUUUAAGCUCAAAGGUGUUGCUAAGACUUCCCUGUGACCCCGGACAAGCUGAAACUAUUAUCUUGUUUGUAUAUUAUUUAUUAUCAUGGCUUCUAAUGUAAUGUUUGGAGAUUUCAUAAA